AUGUCUGGGAAAAAGACUCUUGUAAAGUGGAUUCCAAUGGUAGUUGGAUUCUGUGUGUUUCAUGAUGAUUUCCCUUACGUUUACAACUCUUCUUUUUCUACUCUUUCAUCAUCACCAAAAACGAUUUGUUCUUGCCGCGAUUUCGAUGCGCUUCCCAAAAAAUUGGAAGGCAAACAAUCUGAGGUUAAACCAAAAGAAUGA